CAUAAAGGCAUUGUGUGAAAUUAAUGGAUUUGCAAACUGAGAACCUGCCCUAGCAUGAUGGCGGAUGAGUGUGUCCGUGGGGCAGACCGCAACAUUUCAAUAGCAUCGAGACAUCGGGAAGAGAAGAAGCAAAUUCACUGAAAACAAUUUCUGGAGCUCUGUUUCUAGAAGAGAGAGAGAAAGAGAGAGAGAGAGAGAGAGGAAAAAAAUGCCCCGGAAAGACCCGCUCGUUUCGUCAUUUUGAGACCCGAAGGGGAGGAUUUCUUCAUUCCCAGAAAAUUUCUCCGCAUGACCCGCAUCAUUUUGGGAGGAAACAAAGUGGCGCGCGCGUCUUUCCUCAUUCACAAAUGAUACAAUGUAACGGGCGCUUUGAUCGCAAUCAUCCGGAGCUCGUGUUUGUGCGCGCGAUCUUCCUCUUGUUUGGCUGAACUCGGGAGAGAGAGAUCUAGAAGAGAGCGGUGACUCCUCGAGCUCUGCACCACAAGUUUCCUUUGCUCUUGCUGAGCAGUCGUGGAGUCAUGAGUUGUCAGGAGGUUCCUAACCCCAGCCAGGAGCCGAAGGACACAGCUGUGGUCCCGACUGAGGCAGGAGCCACGCAAGCGGUCCCGACAACCUCCCCGAAGCUUCCCUCGGUCACCGUAAAGACCGAGGUGGCGUCCACCGCCGAGUCUGUGGCCAGUAACGGCAAAGCGAGUGACGGGAACAUACCGGCUGAGAUCUGUGUGGUUUUGGGGAGCUCUCGCAACUCGCAAACACAAGGCUCUUACAUCUGUGGAGUAUGUGGCAAGAAGUACAAAUACUACAACUGCUUUCAGACGCAUGUCCGAGCUCACACAGAGGCCGAGGGUACGGCUUCAGGAGAAGGAGCAUCUCUGGGAAUCAAUAGUUCUUUCCGUUAUACAUGUGACGUAUGUGGGAAAAAAUACAAGUACUACAGCUGUUUUCAGGAGCACCGAGACCUCCAUGCUGUUGAUGAUCCAUAUGACCAUGUGAUACCCGUAGAAGACCUAAAAGAGGAGACUGAAUCAUACCAGAAAAUGGGACCAAAAACCGGAAGUUACACGUGUGAGUAUUGUGGGAAACAGUACAAAUACUUCAACCCCUAUCAGGAGCAUGUGGCUCUUCACGCUCCGAUGAAAGGAACUUAUGGCCUUAAAAUGGAAGGGAAAAUGUCUAGCCAGUCCGGCCAGUCCAGUCGCGCAGACGUCAACAAUUCCCAGAACUCCAGUGAUACUCCAAACAGCCGGACCUAUGCUUCCCUCCCCAGCCCUCAGAAAACCUACACGUGUGGAGCCUGUGGAAUUCAGUUCCAGUUCUACAACAACCUCCUGGAGCACAUGCAGUCCCACGCUGAAGAAAAGAAAAGAAUAAGUUUGGAACGACAUGAGGCUGAUAAUGAGAACCAUGUUAAAGAUGAUUCUCCGAAGCCUUCCCAAGCGCCUGUGGCCACACAGGAGCAGAUGUGGAAAUCUCCUCAGCCGGCACAACAGAGGAACCACGUACCACCGUCUUUUCAGAACAGAUUACUCCCAGAAAAGGAGAGACAACAAGUGGCUGAACGUCUACUGAGAGUAAUGUGCGUAGACCUUGGCCUUCUUGGCGUACUCAGCAGCAAAGACUUCCUAAAACUUGCGCAGACCCUGGUGGACACGGGUUCACGCAAUGGGGCAUACUCCAUUCGUGAAGCCCUGGGAGAUAUGAGCUCGCUGGCAUUAAAACAGCUCCCCCGUAUGUACAAUCAGGUCAAAGUGAAAGUCACCUGCGCACUGGGUUCCAACUCUUCCUUGGGCAUUGCAGUGACCUGCCAUUCUCAGACUAUAGGACCAGACUCCUGCUAUUUGCUUACAGCGUAUCAAGUAGAGGGUGUGCGACUCCGACGCUAUGUGCUGGGACUCAAGGAGGCCUCUUUAAGGGAAAGUCCUGAGCAGAUACACCACUGGGUCCAGAAUGUUCUGUCGGAGUUUGUCAUGUCAGAAAUCCGUACAGUCUACGUGACAGAGCCGCGCUUGUCUUCGCUGGCCUUUUGCGGUCGCACCGGAGUUGGCCUUCGCUGCGCAGGGUGCUCUCUAACAGCCACGGUUCAGGCUGUUCUCGGUCGUCGCAGCCUGCAAGCACGAGGGCUCCAUGAACUAGGUGAGCUUCUGGCUACGUGUCGCGACAUUGCUGCAACGACCAGCUUCAGUAAUGAAGGGAAAGCUGGGGAAGAGUCUACUGCUCCGCCCUGUUGGGAUUCAGUCGCGGAGGCUUUGCUCAAGGUUCACGAGAACUUCGAGGCCACUUGCGAAGCGUAUGGCCGUUCGAAGAGCACAGUGCCACUAUUGCAAGGCCUGAAUAAGCACCUUCUUGGCACGCUUGCGUGUUUGCUUGCGCCGCUAAGACAGGCAGCGCAGGAGCUGAGUGUGGAACGCUCCCCAACGAUCCAACACGUCCUUCCCGUCUACCUCCGUCUUGAAAAACUUUUCACCUCUAAAGCCGGUGAAGUGGGUGCUGGCAGUAAGCUUUGCCACUACUUCCUAGAAGCCCUGAAGGAGAACUUCAAAGUGGAACGUAUCCAUCAGGUUGCAAUGAUCCUGGAUCCGCAGCUGAAGCUGCGGCCAGUCCCCGCGUACCAGCACGAGGAUAUUAUCUCAAGGGUGUGUGACAUGGCUGCUAAUAUGAGGGAUGUGGGGAGCGGUGGUUCUGGAGGUACCUCUGUGGACGAGCGGGAUGGCGAAGGGCUGUCAGCACCCAAGCGUGGCCGUCUGGACUGUGGAUUAGAGAGGCCAUCGUGUGAUGCUGAAGAGCCACAGGUACGAAAAGAGUUGUUCCAGUACCUCGGCGAGCCACUGUUCAGUGGCACAGGUGACCUGCUGCAGUACUGGAGUUCGGUCAUGGACAGAUACCCCAGGCUGUCGCGGUUAGCGCUGUGGUUGUUGGCUGUACCGGCUGUAGCUGUGCAUGGGGAGUGUGUGAGCAUCUGCGAGCAGACCUUAGCCAUGAAGAAAAAGCAGCAGGUCUCUGCGGAGGAGAUGAACAAGCUGGUCUUCCUCAAGAGUAAUUUUGCUUGAGACGGCUCAGGGCUUUCAGCUAAUGGCACCAUAGACUGUUUGAAAUGGAGACUUUUUGAAGCAGAUGUACCGUCACUUCUCUUUACCCCUUCCGAAAAUCUUGAUUUACCGUAAGUGUCUAUCAAUGUGGCACAUGAUAGAGAUUUACAAAGGAAAGGUACAUUGACAAUUAAUUCUCAAACACCCCCUCAGUCCAUAGCUUGGCUUUGGCAAGGACAACAGAGCAACUCGAUGAAAAUACAGUCUGCCCGUGGACACGGAUGUGAACUUGUGUUUUCGAUGUUUCGGUUGAACUACCACUUAAAAUUGUGAUGUUUUUAACAGUAUGUGGUUCGUCCAUCCUUCUUUUCUUUCUGUGAACCCAUCUGAAAUUCAGUUAA